CCCCCGCGCUGCUUUACGGCACUCGCUCCGCCCCUCCAGGUGCGGGAAGUCCGAAGCCGACAAUCAUGGCCGCCGCCUACUGUGUCCGCCAGCCUGCGGCUCUCUUGGCGGUGUUGUUGCUCUUGUCCUUCGGCAGCCUGGCCGCUAGUCAGAUCGAGGAUCAAGCAGAACAAUUCUUUAGAAGUGGCCAUACAAACAACUGGGCUGUUUUGGUGUGUACAUCUCGAUUCUGGUUUAAUUAUCGGCAUGUUGCAAAUACUCUUUCUGUUUAUAGAAGUGUCAAAAGACUAGGUAUUCCUGACAGUCACAUUGUCCUAAUGCUUGCAGAUGAUAUGGCAUGCAACCCUAGAAACCCGAAACCAGCUACUGUGUUUAGUCACAAAAAUAUGGAGCUAAAUGUGUAUGGAGAUGAUGUGGAAGUGGAUUAUAGAAGCUAUGAGGUAACAGUGGAGAAUUUUUUACGGGUGCUAACUGGGAGGAUCCCACCUAGUACUCCUCGGUCAAAACGCCUUCUUUCUGAUGAUAGAAGCAAUAUUCUUAUUUAUAUGACAGGACAUGGUGGAAAUGGUUUCUUGAAAUUUCAAGAUUCUGAAGAAAUUACCAACAUAGAACUUGCAGAUGCUUUUGAACAAAUGUGGCAGAAAAGACGCUACAAUGAACUACUGUUUAUUAUUGACACUUGUCAAGGAGCAUCCAUGUAUGAGCGAUUUUAUUCUCCUAACAUAAUGGCUCUGGCUAGUAGUCAAGUGGGAGAAGAUUCUCUCUCGCAUCAACCUGAUCCUGCAAUUGGAGUUCAUCUUAUGGAUAGAUACACAUUUUAUGUCUUGGAAUUUUUGGAAGAAAUUAAUCCAGCUAGUCAAACUAAUAUGAAUGACCUUUUCCAGGUAUGUCCUAAAAGUCUGUGUGUAUCUACUCCUGGACAUCGCAUUGAUCUUUUCCAGAGGGAUCCUAAAAAUGUCCUGAUAACUGAUUUCUUUGGAAGUGUACGGAAAGUGGAGAUUACAACAGAGACCAUUAGUUUGCAACUGGAUUCAGAAAUCAUGGAGAGCAGCUUUAAGGAAGACCGAAUGGAUGAAGAGCUAAUGGAACCUCUUAAAUAUGCUGAACAACUUCCUGUAGCUCAGAUAAUACACCAGAAACCAAAGUUGAAAGAUUGGCAUCCUCCUGGAGGUUUUAUUCUGGGAUUAUGGGCACUCAUUAUCAUGGUUUUCUUCAAAACUUAUGGAAUCAAGCAUAUGAAGUUCAUUUUUUAGACUUUGAUAGAUGAAGAAGAAAGCAUGGAAGACUACAACCUUGGAUAAAAAUUUCUGUCAUAUGAUUUUAAAGAUACAAUUCUCUUUGCAUGAAUUGGAGAAAACUAUAAAGAAACUAAAUUUAAAUAAGCUGUUGAUAACUAAAAGAAAAAUAAUUGUUAAUGCAGUUGCUUAAUGGCACCAAUUAUAUUUCAACUUUAUUUUGUGUGUUAUAAAAACAACUGGGGCAGAGAAAUGGGAAUGUACUGAUUGAUUUUUUUUAGAAUAACAAUUUCCCUAUAUCUCCUGUUUAUUCAAAAAAGAAAAAAUUGUGAAGUCAUGAAAUUCUGAUAGAAGCAACUUUUUAAAUAAUUAUGUGUCCUCCUGGUCAUUUUAUUUUGCAAUUAUUUUCCCCAAGUGGAGAUCAUACAGGAAACCACUUUUAUAAUUUAUCCUUUUUCAUUUUACUAUAUAUAAUGUUUCCCUUUCAUUGGAUAUUCAAGAAUGCCUUGUGAACUGCUGCAUAAUACCUGUUAUAUGAGUGUGUAGUCCUUUAUUUGACAGCCUUAGACUGUUGGACUACUGACCUUGUUCCCGAAGUUUUCCUUUGAUUGAUUCUUUAAUGUAUGAACCUAUUAACAUGUUACUUUCAGUCACUCAUAGAAUUCUGUAGCUUUAAUUAUAAGAUUAACAAAUUGAUUUCUUAAUCUAUGUCACUGACAGUCUCCAGUACCUUGUUUGUGGUCAGUGUAUCUGUGACUUUGUAGCUGUUGGGAAUUUUACAUAUUGAUUGCUCAACAGAAGCACACUCCAUUAUUUUUGACUUCUAAGUGUUAUAAUCUUUCAGAAUUGGUCACCUCCUUUUCAGUUUCUCACUUGAAACAGACAUCCAGCAAAAACUUUUAUUUCAUUUUGUUUAAGAUAAAUCUUGCCUACUGGCAGGAUCUGUACUUUGCCUGAAAACAAUCCCAUAAAAUGGGUGACCUACUUAACUCUGUCUUCACAUUUGACUAAUGGGUUACACAGGCAUUAAGUCCUUUCAAUUUUUAAGCCUAACAGCCAGCUUCACAUCUUUCCCAUGGAUAUGUUAUUGAGAUUCUGCUUUCUGAUUGUGAUUUCUUUUUAAAUUUUUGCAUGUGAAGAGGGAAAGGGCUGAAUGCUCAGUUCUCUUGUCUCGAGGAAAACCUUUAUAUGUGUUUUACCUAUUUUAUCCAAGAACUUAUGUGUUCAUCUUUAUUCAUUGUGGUUAUCUGUCUUAUAAUGGUAGAUAACGUUAAGAACAACUCAUCCACCACCGUAAAAGCUCCUAAAAGCAAUAUUACUUAGAAUUUCCCUUUUUUUUUAAACUAAAUGGACUUUUAUUUGUUUUAAAAUCAUUAAUCAUUCAAAGCUAAAAAAGUGUACUUUUUUUUUAAACUUUAACAUUGAUUACAGGAUGAAUGCCUCUGGUUAUAUUAACAAUGGAGUUAAUUUCCUUUGCUCUAGAUAGUGUUCUAUUUUUCCACAGAAACUUUUCAUUUAAGGUGUAGAAACUUCAUUCAUUUAGUAAAUAAUUUGUUUUCCUUUUAGCACUUAAAAUAUUGUCCUUUAAUAACAUGCAAAAUGGUCAGACUUUUUCACAGACAAGGGAUUGAAUAUGUGUAUCUCCCUUAGAGCGAAUGAUAAAGAGGCUUUCAUUAGUUCUAAAUCUUCACUUGAAUUAUUUAUUUUAUUGGUGUACCAUACAAGAAGAUAAUGUGCAUUUUCCACCAACUUUUUGAAGAUCUCAUGUAAAUGAAGCAAGACAACUUUAUCUGAUUGUAUAGGGGAGAAUUUUUUUGUACCUAUUUGAAUAGCGUGGUCACAGUAGCAUUAACAGACAAAAAGACUGGCCAUGUCAUCUUCCAGUCACUUACUUAAGGUCGUGAAUACUAUGGUGGAGUGGAGCGAUUUAGAGAAGUAAAGGAAUUAUGAUUUUCACGAGCCAAAGUGAUUUAGCUAGAAUAAAAUGAAGCAUACCCUGAUGGUAAAGACUGUUAGAAAGUAAAAGAAUUCUUCCUUUGAGGUUGUUAGAAGGUGCCUUUCUUACUUAAAACCAAACUGGGAAAAGUAAUACUGGAUAUAAUAUACAGGAUUAAUUUUGCCUAGGCAGGACUUCAAAGGGCAAUUAUUUUUUCUCUGUUUCAUUAUUGAAUUUUCAGAAUAUAGUUAAAGCAAAAGGCUUAAAAUAUGUUAAAUGUUUAGUCCAUGACCAUAAUCUUUUCACAUAAGGUAUAUUCUGUCUUCAAUAAUAAGCAAAUCCUCUGCACGGGAAUAUUGUAAGUGCAAUUAAAUGGCCUAGAGUUUAAAUGAUUACAUAAAAGCACAUCAUUAAAUGCAUUCUGCUGGAGUCACAGUGAGCUAAACAAUGGGAAGAUGUUUGCUUUUUUGCCUUUGUCAGUGUUGUGCUGAGGAUCUGAUGAGAUAAUGUUAUGACUAAACACUUUGGAAAUCAGAAAUACAUGCUGAUAUUAUAUCCGUGUGGGAAGAUGCCUGGGGCGGGGGUGGGGGGGAGUUAACGGUGAUAGUGUCCCUCUUCAUGUAGCACUUCUUUAGCUUUCUAAGCCACUCAAUGUGUCUCUUGUUCUUCUCGGUAUUCCUUUUCUCCUCCUCGAUGGUAUCCUUCAGGGAGACAAGAUGUGUAUAAAUGGACCCCAGAAAACCUGUUCUGACAUUUCAGAGAGGGACAAG